CGUCCCAUCAUGGCUCCCUCUGUACGUUUGUUUCUCUCCUGAUGUUGCCUUUUUCGCCCUAACUGCCCUACCUGCAUCUGUCUUGCGUCUGUUCUCACCUGCUUCGCCUCGCUCGCAACCGCCCCUGUGCCCUUUUUCGCACUUGGACGCCGCAAAUCCCGGUCCUCCCCCCCAAGCUACCCACCUAUCCGAUCUUGUUUGCCUUUUGACCCGUUCCUGUCCAAUCCUAUUACUACCUACCUUUCGCCGACCCUCUUUCAUUCACUUGAAUCCUCCAUCUGUGCCGUCCUCUUCAACCAAAGAUCAAAAUGACCGCCGUACUAACAGAAACCCCCCCUCAGACAAACGAUUCGGCUCACGCCGAGAUCACCGACAUCGCUGUUGGCCUCGACCGUAUGGAGAACAAGGCUCUCAGCUCGCAAAGAGUCACUCUGAGCGAGGAGAAGAGCGCAAACCUGAGCAAGCUAGCUCUCGGUGCCAAGUUGGAACGCGCGCUGGACAGGAGAAUGAGCAGCCAGGAUGCCGUCAUGCGUCCGCGCGGCAAGACCUUGAACGAGAAGCCUGCUCAGGCUGCGUAG